UUUACGUUCUUUACGCAACUGAUUACGAUAGAAUUGUACCAAACGCGCACUGUUCGCAGUUAGAUCUGAACGAGUCCGAACGUUUGCAUCAGAAGAGAAAAUGAUUAAAAAGCAGUACAAAAGCGUGUUUGUGACCGUGGGCACGACCGAAUUCGUGGCACUGAUAUGUGCCGUCACUUCGACCGCCGUUCUGGAACAGUUGGCCAAGCUGGGAUGCACUGCGCUAACGAUACAGUUUGGAAAAGGUGAAGCACCUGACGUGGAGCUUGCUCAACGGCACACAACCAUCCGACUCUCGGCGUACGGGUUGAAGAGCAGCAUCGGGGACGACAUCAGCCAAGCGGAUCUGGUGAUCAGCCAUGCCGGUGCCGGAAGUUGCCUCGAAGUGCUGGAAGCCGGCAAACCGCUGAUCGUUGUCGUGAACGAAACGCUGAUGAACAACCAUCAAACGGAGUUGGCCGAGCGGCUCAGCAGGGACAGGAAUCUCUUCUACUGCACGCCAAACACGUUGCUGGAGACGUUGGCCGAGUCCGACUUUAGUAAGCUGGAAAAGCUAGCACCCGGAGCGUUGGACAGUUUCGUUAACCAAUUGGAUGCAUUUAUGGGAUUCUGAUAAAGCACUUCUUCCCAAACAAGCUCUGUUUUACAGCAUACAAUUGUGAAGAAAAACAAACAAACAAAGUGAUGAUGCCUGGCCUUUAUCAGCUGAUAAGGCUGAUACUAGCCAUAUUUACAUAUUGUGAUCGUUUACCCCGGUUUUUAAGUAAAUACAAUAAAAAGUCCAUAUUACGUUCAUGGUAA